CUUCCUAUUUUUUUUUUUUUUUUAAGAAUGCUGUCAGUCUUGUCUACGAUAGCAGUAGAGCUGUAGUGGAAAUAAGAGCUUGAUAUCUUAGGUAGUGAUGAUGUCUACACUUGACUUGGUGUCAUUAUACUUUUUUUAAACAGAUAAAUUACUUUUGCCUACAGGUGUUUGAUCUCGUGGUGUUGGAAGAAAGAGAAAAUUGCAAAUCACUUUUCAGCGUGCAGGAACAGACACUGAAACUAGGAUUUGUUUGUGAAGGCAUGGACAUCUUGUCCCAGUUUAGAUCCUGUAAGAUGUUUCAGAUGCUGGCAUGCGGCUGGCAAAGAGAAUGAAGGUUUGUUGUAGCUGAAAAAGUGUGCCAAAGAAGCGCAGAGCCACCUAACCAAAACUGAGCACCUGAGGAUCUUGUCAUCUUCAGUGAGAUCCAGCAAAGAGUUUGGGGAAGUGUGCAGUAACUCUGAAGAAUUUACUGUAAUAGUUCUGUGACCUCAAAAUGAAGAAGGAAGCUACUGCAGCUAUUUCAAAGGCAGAAGCAUCAGUGUUGGCUGGAAUUUGGAACUACUUGAUUUGGAUGUGCCUCGAUUAUAACCACACCCUGGGAUGUCAAGACAGUGUGAGAAUCCACAUACGUGUACCAGGGUGAUGCAAGCACAUUCCCGAGAAUCCCAGCUUACAUAACUGGACACAGCAUAGAACUAUGAUAGCAACCGGAGGAGUCAUAACAGGACUGGCUGCCUUGAAAAGGCAAGACUCUGCCAGAUCUCAGCAGCAUGUAAAUCUUGCAGCAGCACCAGCAUGUGAGGAGAAGAAACCAGUCAGACGCCGACCCAGGGCAGAUGUAGUCAUUGUCAGAGGCAAAAUUCGACUUUAUUCUCCAUCAGGAUUCUUCCUUGUUUUGGGAGUGCUUAUUGCAUUCUUGGGAAUUGCAAUGGCCGUCCUCGGAUACUGGCCCCAAAAGGAACAGCUUUUGGCAUCUGAAGAUAGUGUAUCAGUUAAUGAAACCCAGCUCCUAAGAAACCAAGGAAGCAUUUUACUUCGUUUCUUUGAGCAGCAUGUGCACUCGGAUAAGAUGAAAAUGUUGGGCCCUUUUACCAUGGGUAUUGGAAUCUUCAUUUUUAUUUGUGCAAAUGCCAUUCUACAUGAAAACCGCGACAAGGAAACAAAAAUCAUACACAUGAGAGACAUAUACUCCACUGUAAUAGACAUCCACACCUUGAGGAUCAAGGAACAAAAGCAGUUGAGUGGUGCCUUUGCUGGUUUGUUAGGGGAAGGAGAACUCAGGCACAGUGGGAGCUUGUGUGCAUCCCGGCUGGCCGCUAACACGAUUGCACCUUUCUCUGGCUUCAAAAGUAAUUUUAGAAUGGAUAGUUCUGCUGAAGAAGAUGAAAUUACUCUAAAUGAAGAUAGGACCACUGCUAGCCUACUACCACCUCUGCUGACUGACCAGUCUGGUUCAGUCUUGGGACUUUGCCCUCAUUCCAGCAAGGCUUCAGAUGACAAAAAUACUAGUUCUAUAAGGUGUGAAACAAAAUCCAUUGUAUCAUCUUCCAUUAGUGCUUUCACACUGCCGGUAAUUAAACUGAAUAAUUGUGUUAUUGAUGAGCCCAGUAUAGACAACAUAACUGAGGACUCUGAGAUCACAAGGAGUCGGUCCAGAAAUCUCUCGAUGGACUCUUUGGCCAUUCCAUUAACUGAUACCAAUGAAUCCUGCAAGCCGGCCAUGCUACCACGACAUAAUUCAUUUGUGGACACUCAACAUGACCAGUUCAAGUCUUCUGUGAUCCUCGGACCAAGCACAGGAAAGCUUUUAUCCCCUGGUGCUGCCAGGAAACAGUUUGGUUCCAACACAUCUUUGCAUCUUCUGUCUUCACAUUCAAAGUCCCUGGAUUUGGACAGGGGUCCAUCUACACUCACUGUCCAAGCUGAACAAAGGAAACAUCCCAGCUGGCCCAGGCUGGAUCGGAGCAACAGUAAAGGAUAUAUGAAAUUAGAAAACAAGGAAGACCCAAUGGAUAGGCUACUUGUGCCACAAGCAGUGAUAAAAAAAGACUUUACCAAUAAGGAAAAGCUUCUUAUGAUAUCAAGAUCUCAUAAUAAUUUGAGUUUUGAACAUGAUGAGUUUUUGAGUAACAAUUUAAAGCGGGGAACUUCAGAAACAAGGUUUUAAUAUUUAAAUUGGAAUCUACAAGAUAUCAUACAGUAUUUAAAAAACAAAACAAAACAUUUUGACAAGUGUUUCCUUUUCGGUGAAAAUUGUACAAGCCGGUUUUUAACCAAAUGCUUAAUAGCAUAUUAAAAUUGGCUUGUGCAAACAGAUCUUCAUCUUUGUAAGGCCAAGUUUUUUGUCAUAGUACCAUACAGUUGCAAUAUUGUACAUUAUCAGUGCUCAGAGAGUUUUGGUACAACUGUUCCAAAUUUUUUCCAACUCAUUUUUCCUUCUGUUCUAUAUAGGCAUGUUAGUUUCUACCAAUUUGACUCCAAAAGCCUGCAUUAGAAUAAAAGCUCAAUUUAUUUAUAAGUUCUUUUAUUUAACAACUGCAAUACUCUAAAAAUUGUAUUCAUGUUCUAGAAUGGGAAGUGAGCCGCAGUUCAUACUGGAAUUGUUAAAUUCAGGCCUUUAUCCUGGGUGUUGUCUUUCACAUAUGGUACAUCUCAGUAACUAUAAUCUUGCCACUAUCAUUUGAGAAACUUGUUUACAUAUUGAGGUGGGUGGUUAAAGAAGAGUGAGUAUAAUUAAAAACAUUUCUGUUAAUUCAUUGUUAUUGAUCAAGUUGAAUACUAGUGUUGUGAAUUGUUUACUAUACUUUGUACAACAAUGUUUCUACAUACAUUAUAAUUUAUAUAAACCAGUAAUUCCAGGAAAAAAUAUUAAAGAAAUCUGAAAAUCCUUCUGGGGUCAGCUCUCUAAAGCACUUUGAUUGGCAACAGUUUUAAAAUCAAACUAUUUGGAUUCAUUUAAAAUCAUAGGAACAUAAUGAUUACAUGAUUUUAGAAAUGUGAUAUAUAGUAAAAUGAUAUUGUGACAUUAUUACGAAGAGAAAAAUGGAAAGUGAAUAUAUUGCCUCUCAAUAGCAAGAAGAUAAAUAACUAGAUCUCUAUGGUCAUAAUAGCUGAUACAAAGCAUACAACUCAAUAUGCCUACUAACCCAGUACGAAAGCUCCUUGCCUGAAUUUUGCUUUAGAUUUCACAUUGGCACGGUGGAUCACUGAAAGCUUAGCUGAGUAAUUUGCAUUACAAGAUUUUGCAAAAGUUUGUGACAUUUGGAACAAUAUUCUUCUCAUCGCAGCAAACUUCUCAGUUGGCAGUUGUAGGCUGUUUAUAAAUAAAGUGAGAAUUGGAGUGUGCAUACCAGAAAGUUUUCAUUCAUUUCAUUAAGGUAUUUGGGCUUUAAUCCUGCCAUGACUGCCGUGGUAGAGAAUGUCACUUCUGGUUGCAAGGCUCACCUAGCAGGAUGCUGGUCUUAAUUGGUCACUUCGGAUAUGUACACUUAACUUAAAUGCUCAGGAAUUAUUUUAAAAGGCUUUUCCCAAAAAGAAUCAAACCUGUAAAAACGUUGUUGUACUUCAGUUGGUUAUGAAAGAUCAAAGAUAAAAACAUUCUUUUUUUUUUUUUAAUAUUCAGCUCCGAGUUUCAACUGCGCAAUGUUUAUGUAUCAGGAGCAUUACUUGCUCAGUGAAUUGAGGCGUAGUGUUAACUAUUAGAACCUCAAGCCUGUAUAUUGUAAUAAAGUUGGCUAAAUAUUUUGCUAUGAAGCUUUUAAUAACUUUCUGGUUUGUGUUCUUAAGACAUUUGCUAUUUUUUGAAACAAAAAUAAAAUGUGUAUCUAUGUAUCUUA